AUGUAUGACCUCCUCACUGUCUUUCAUAAGCGUUUCAACACUGUUCUCAUGUAUGACCUCCUCACUGUCUUUCAUAAGCGUUUCAACACUGUUCUCAUGUAUGACCUCCUCACUGUCUUUCAUAAGCGUUUCAACACUGUUCUCAUGUAUGACCUCCUCACUGUCUUUCAUAAGCGUUUCAACACUGUUCUCAUGUAUGACCUCCUCACUGUCUUUCAUAAGCGUUUCAACACUGUUCUCAUGUAUGACCUCCUCACUGUCUUUCAUGAACUAUUUCAACACUGUUCUCAUGAACGACCUCCUCACUGUCUUUCAUAA